CCCAGGACUGGAGAGCAAGAGAGAAAUGAAACUAAGCUUGCUUUUAGGAAACUGAAACGAAAAAGAGGCCAAGGGACUCUUCUUUCCAUUCCAGCUUCAUUUGAAUGCUCUUGCUGGCCCAGCCCUCCCCAGGUAAAGACACUCCUUAUUCACUUCACAUAUAGUGACUGCUUAUUGGGGAAAGCAGCAAAGAAGUGGAACAGGACUAAAUGCUUUGAUUCUACCACUUCCUCUGUGACCCCAGACAUAAAACUUGUCCAAUAAGCAAAUUGGUAAAUCUUCAAUUUUGGGCGGAGCUGAAAAGUGGGGAUUUUUCUCCCUUCUUUGCAAGGAAAGGGCCCCUGAUUCAGAGUCAUUUUGAGAAGAAACAUAUGUCUCUGGAUGGAGAGACACUGGAAAAUGUUUGUAGUCGUCCUGGCUAUUGUGACGUUCAUCUUGCUGGUGCCCCUCGUGGUUUUUGCCAUCAGGGCCAACUCAGAAACCUGUCUGAAGAGCUUUGAGCUCCAGAACAAAAAGCAGCUCCUGGAGGAGAAGCUGAGGCAGAGCAAGGAAAGCCUUCGGGAAUGGGAGACUCAAUGGUGGAGCUGCAGCAAUAUCUCGAAAGACCUAAAGAAGGACCUGGAGGAGCUGACAUCCCAGAAAAACUUGAUGCUGAGUCAGUUGCAGGAGCUGAAGGGAGAGAACCAGGACUUGGCUGAGAAACUUAGGAAGGCAGAAGCAGCCCUGCAGCUGGAGAGAGAAAAAAAGAACCCAGAAAAGACAAAUUCAGCACUCCCUGGGCCUCAGAUCUCUAAACUUCUGGUUUUAGGUCUGGUUAUCACCUUGUUUCUCUGAACAUCCUGAGCAAGGCACUUCCUAACUUCUUGGAGAUGUCUAAACUCUGGUUCCUGAUGUUAUUUCUUGAAAGGACAAGCCAUGAGGUUAAUCAGGGACAGAACUUCUGGAUCGUCUCAUGACAUUCAAGACUAUUUUCUCUCACCACCUGUUUCUAAAGUCCCAGAGUGUGGAAUGCUAAGAUGAGAGGAGAGAAGUAGGAGGGGAGGGGGUUCUCUGGAGAAAGAGGAGAAGAAGAGGCGAUGGCUUUGAGGGAGGGUGGAGGAAGGGGCUCUGAUAUGGAACAGGCACUGGGAACAGGAUGCUGGGUCUUCAGUGGGAGUAGGUAAGGGGAAGGGCUAGGGAUUGAGAUCUUUAAAAUAAAAGAUGACUACUGUUCAAAUUUUCUGAUCCUUUUUAGAAAAUAGGGAAGAAAAGAGCUGAGAGGAAAUGGGAGAGAGGACAGAAUAAGGAUUUAGCUUUCCUCAGACCUUUGUCCUACCUUAUCAAAGUACAGUCUCCUCUUGGGAGGUUUUGUGGUAUCAAAGAAAGAAUGCUGAAUUUAGACCUGAGUUCAAAUCCUCUCUCUGAUACUUACAAAUAACUUAACUUCUUUGGAUUUCAGUUUCCUUGUCUGUAAAAUGGGGAGAUUCAACUAAGCUUUUCUUCAAUUGUAGAUAUAUGAAUGUAUGAUCUUGUGACCAAAGUCAGAGAGAGUGGAGGAGUCAAAAUGACAAAGAGAAGAAGGAAAAAAAAAAAAACAUUUCUGUCAAUAUAACUCUUCCACACCAGC